CCAGACGCUGCUGGGAAUCCGCUAGAUGGACGCCCUUGCGAUGAUAGUGCUGGCAAGGAGACACCAACCAUACGGAUGAAAGAAAAUGACUUGAAAUUAGCUCCUGAGAAGACAGAAGUAAUUAUACUUUCUGGCAGACAGAAGCUAACUUGGUUAGCUGUUAAGGAUGAUAAUUCAGAGCCAAAAUGCAAUUAGGUAUAAAGCACUUCCAAGAGUCUAUUAUCAGCUGCU